CGCUGUUUCUCGGAUAAUAUGCAAUUCGUAGCUAUCUGUAAUAUUUAUUGAUAAGUACAGCUGUUGAUCGUAAGCUAGCGAGUUCGGCUAACAGUUCACAAGGUUGAUAGAUGAGUGUUUUUGCUGACAGAAGCUGAUAGAUGAGUGUUUUUACAUGGAAAAUAGAACGUAGAAAUUUUGCACAACGGUUUGUUUUUCUUUUAUAGUCAGUGUGUUUAUGUUUGCAUAGUUACGUAAUACGUCCUAACUUAUCUGUUCAGGCUGAGACAGAACGACUCGAAAUUAUAAUGGUUGUGGCUAUACUUCGCACAUGUAGUUGCUUUGCCACUUAAUUCUUAAUACCCAACAUUGUAUUUUCACACUUCCAGCAUUAUACCAUCUGCUCUGUGGAGUUUAAACAUUCUCGUCCCCUCUUUUGUAAAAUUUCCGUAAUGACAACAUCCGUGAUUUUGUGUGUGUGUUUGUCCCGAUCCGUCUCCGUGUCUUGAGAUGGCCAUGCAUCCUAUCUAGGGUGUACACCCCAGUGUUCUUCCCAGUGGUCUUAUGUACAUCUGAUGUAAUUCUGUUUUGUGUGUCAACUUGUCCCAUCACUGCAGCAAAAUGGAUGGCAUGGAUGAUGAGACCACAGUGUUCACGACGUUAAAGUCAUUCAAAAGCUUCAUUUCCAAACCUGAAACCACUCAGAAACCUUCUGAUUCCAGUUUGGCACAUCAUCAUCUCCAAAGACAGUACCUCCAGGGAAUUGAGUUGGAGGAGGCUGCUGAGAAGAUCUGCUCCAAGACGCACCUUUUGCAGAUGGCUCAGGAGAGGCAGCAGAUGGAACUGAGUCACAAACGUGCCCGAAUUGAGCUCGAGAAGGUCGCACACAUCAGUGCCAGGGAUCUGGAGCGGGAGGUGGAUCGCAACCAGGAGCUGCUCAAUCGAAUCAAGAAAUUGGAGGAAAGAGAGGCGGAGACCGCGAGGACCCUGAACGAGCAAAUGGAGAUGAACAAGACUCUGAAGAAGAGCCUGGAGGGAGAGAACAAGACAUUAGAGGAGAAGGAGUCUGUGAUUUCUGAGGCCAAUAAGACUAACGGAGCCUUGCGAGAUGAGAUCCGGGAGCUCAAUCACAAGCUGAAGAAGCUAGAUAUGCAGCUCACCACCCAGUCCACAGACAACCAGGGCCUGCAGGAGCAGCUGGAACUCCAGCGCAAAAAUUACCAGGAACUUGCUCUGAAGUUUCAGGAGCUCCAGGCUACACAGUCCCAGAACUCGGAUAACGAGCUCAAGAUUAAGGACCUGGAGAGACGUCUGGCUCUGCAGGAGCAGGACUCCAUCAUCGUGAGGAACAUGAAGAGCGAGCUUGCACGCCUCCCUGACAUGGAGCGUGAGCUGAAGCGGCUCCGCGAGGAGAACAACUACUUGAGAGAGACCCAGGAGAACAGCAACUUGUUGAGAGAAGAGACAGAGGGUCUGCGCAGAAAAUUGGAGCGACUGGAGAAGCUUAAGGAGGACAUGGUCAGCCUGGAGUUGGAAAAGGAGAAACAAGCAACAGUGCUUCAAGCCUGGGAGAAUUUAAGUGAGAUGACUGGCCUUAACAUUAGGAAGCCAGAAGACUUGUCGCGAGAGAUCAUUCAGAUUCAGCAGCGAGAAAUCGCCCUGAAGCAGCAGAACCACUCUGUCACCAGCAGCGCCCGUGCCCUGGAGAAGGCCCGUGCGCAGCUCCAAGGAGAAGUGACGGAUUUGCGCACCAAGGUCCUGGAGGAGCAGAAGAAGCGGGAGCAGCAGGACGCCCUGGUGCGCCGCCUGCAGAAGAGGGUCCUGCUGCUCACAAAGGAGCGGGAUGGAAUGAAGGCUAUCCUGGAGUCAUAUGACAGUGAGCUAGCCACCAGCGAGUACUCGCCCCAGCUGACCCGUCGGGUGAAGGAAGCAGAGGACAUGCUCCAGAAGGUUCAAGCGCACAACUUGGAGAUAGAGGCUCAGCUGUCAAAAGCUCAGGAGGAAAUCGGCACCUAUAAACUUCAAGCCCAAAAAGCUGAGAUGGAGCUUGAUGUUCUGAAGAAACAGGCCGCCGGUGUGGAAAACAGCUCCUUUGUGAUGAAUGAAGAGGUCAGCUCUCUCAGGCGGAAGAUUGAGGAGCUGGAGGCAGAGCGUAGGCGUCUGGAAGAUCAGAACAACAUUCUGGAAAUGAGAUUGGAGAAACACAACCUGCAGGGCGCCUACGAUCCCACAAAGACGAAGGUGAUCCAUCUCCGCAUGAACCCCACCAGCAUAGCCAAGCAGCAGCGGCUCGAUGAGGUGGAGCUCCUGCGCGAAGAGUGCCAGCAGCUGCGGGAGCGUAUCCGAGCGCUGCAGGCAGGGGGCGCUGUGACCAGCAAUGCAGGAACCCUCAGCCUUCCUCCUUCCCAGGAAGUCUUAGAUUUGCGCAGACAGCUGGAAAGUGCUGAGCUUAAAAACCAGCGUCUGAAGGAGGUCUUCCAGAAGAAAAUCCAAGAGUUUCGCACAGUGUGCUACGUGCUAACUGGCUACCAGAUUGACAUCACCACGGAAAACCAGUAUCGCCUCACGUCCGUGUAUGCUGAACACAUGGAGGAUUCUCUACUUUUCAAGGCCAGCGGUCCAGCCAGUGGGAGCAUGCAGCUCCUGGAGACGGAUUUCUCCCGCACGCUUCGCGAGCUGGUGGAGCUGCACCUCUUUCACCAGAACAGCAUCCCAGCCUUCUUGAGCGCCGUCACCCUGGACCUCUUCAGCCGGCAGACUAUAGUUUGACUAUAGUCCGUAACGUGCAGAGAUCAUGCACCUGUGAGGAGUCUUCUCUGUACUUGCCACAAAUGUACUGUUGUCCGUUAACUGUUGUGCUGGACGCCUUGUUGUACUUUUAUUUUCAUACAUAGUAACGCAAACAGCUGCCUAGACUUGCGACAGGCUGAUGGCCCUGAGGCAGAAUUUGUUAUAUUUGGAGGAUCAGAAUAUCGUUUCUAAGCAAGGUCAAGCACCAAUGAAAUGGGAAAUUCAAAGGCUGUUUUCGUAAAAGGGAAAAGCAUAGCUUAUUACUGUAAUUCCUCUUUCCUUUUUGUUCGAAUAAAUUUAAAAAUAAUCUACCGAAUGAAUAUCGCAUGGCUGUAUCCAUGAUUUACUUGCUGGCAUUCCUGACUGCUGUUGUUAUGGAAUGUGUCCCAAGCCUCUCUUUCUCUGUCCGCCCCGAAUUAUAAUCUGAUAAUGAGCUGCCGAGCUGCGUCUGUCACAUGGAGAACAAGCGGUACCGUGUCACACCUUCAGCAGGGGAGGUAGUCCACCCUCAGCUGAGGCUCUCUGAGACGCUCUCCCCAGACAGAAGCAGCACAACAAGAGGCACCCAGAAGCUUCCGGGGGGAGGCGCAGUCACUGAGAGACACUCAUGUUGUUCAGAAGUGACUGCUCAUCUGUUUUGACUCUCAUUAAUGACAUGCUUACCACAGGUAGAUGGAUUGUUUUUUUAUUAUGAUUUUUGACUUUACUUGUAUUCUUUUUGCAAUAAAUUUCAGGGUGUUAACUGCUAAA